UGGCUUACUACCUUUAAUUUUGGUUGCCGGCUAAGUUAUGUGGGGUAAUCUGUAUGUAAUGAAGUGCUGUUGAGGUAAUCUGUAAAUAGCAUCACUCAAAAAAAAUAUUGAGCGUUUUUUUGUAGCAAUUUUAUCUUUCCUCCUUUCUUUUACAAUUCCUGCCUACUAAAACAUACACUAUCCUCACCUACGGGUAUCUUCCGUCUUUGAAUUGAUCUCGGGGAAGCUACUGUGCGCCGUAAAACAUGCUGCGAUCGGCAGGAGCUGCGGCCUGCGGCCAAGCUAGAAACCUAUUUGGGCCGAGGACUGCUCCUCGGCUUUUUUGCACAUGCAAUGGCAUCUCCACAUCGUCAAAUGUCGCCUCGAGAUCUCUCCGUACCAGUUAUAUCUCUAGCAAACCUACGCAUUCCCUACAAUUCCAAAGAAACCUACAUGCGACGUCGAUAAGAAUGGCCGAAAAUGUGAGAAUCGAGAGCGAUGCCUUUGGCGAAGUCCAAGUCCCCGCCGACAAGUACUGGGGAGCUCAAACUCAGCGAUCCCUCUCCAACUUUCGCAUCAACCAGCCUCAAGAUCGAAUGCCCCCUCCGAUUAUCAGAGCAUUCGGUAUCCUGAAGGGCGCUGCGGCCACCGUCAAUAUGCGGUACGGACUUGAUGAGAAGAUCGGCAAGGCCAUCCAGCAAGCUGCCGCCGAGGUGGCUGACCUCAAGCUCAUCGACCACUUCCCCCUCGUCGUCUGGCAGACCGGUUCGGGUACUCAGUCCAACAUGAACGCCAACGAAGUUAUCUCGAACCGAGCUAUUGAGAUCCUCGGAGGUGUCAAGGGCUCCAAGAAGCCGGUCCACCCGAACGACCAUGUCAACCGUUCCGCCUCUUCGAACGAUACCUUUCCCACCGUCAUGCAUAUCGCCGCCGUUCUCGAGUUCGAAGGCGAGCUCUUACCUGCUUUGAAGAGCCUCCGAGACGCGCUACAGAAGAAGGUUGACGAUUUCAACGCCAGGAACAUCAUCAAGAUUGGACGAACACAUCUUCAGGAUGCCACACCUCUUACUUUGGCGCAAGAGUUCUCGGGAUACGUUGCUCAGCUAGACUUUGGUAUUAAGCGAGUCGAGAGCUCUAUACCGGACCUAAGACUACUUGCUCAAGGCGGAACUGCCGUCGGUACGGGAAUCAACACCUAUGAAGGCUUCGCUGAGGCGAUCGCCGAGGAAGUCAGCAAGAUGACAGGAACCGAGUUUAAGACAGCACCGAACAAGUUCGAGGCUCUCGCUGCGCAUGACGCUAUUGUUCAGGCCUCAGGUUCUCUCAACACCAUAGCUGCGUCUCUUACCAAGAUUGCUCAAGACAUCCGAUAUCUUGGCAGCGGCCCUCGUUGCGGUCUAGGUGAGCUGAUCCUGCCGGAGAACGAGCCGGGUUCCAGUAUCAUGCCCGGCAAGGUCAACCCUACUCAAUGUGAGGCCUUGACUAUGGUUUGCGCUCAAGUCAUGGGUAACCACUUAGCCACAACCAUCGGCGGCAUGAACGGCCAGUUCGAGCUCAACGUCUACAAGCCCCUUAUCAUCCGAAACCUGCUACACAGUGUGAGAAUCCUAGCCGAUGGCAUGCGUUCGUUCGAGAAAAACCUUGUUGAGGGUCUGGAAGCCAACGAGGAGAGAAUUUCCAACAUUAUGAAGGAAUCACUUAUGCUGGUUACCUGCCUCAACCCCAAGAUCGGUUACGAUAUGGCUUCCAAGGUCGCCAAGAACGCACACAAGAAGGGCCUGAAUCUAAAGGAGAGCGCACUGGAACUUAAUGCCCUGACGCCGGAGGAGUUUGACGCCCUCGUCAAGCCAGAGCUCAUGAUCGGGCCCAAGCCUUACAAGAGUUAGGUACACCAGAUAGUUGAGCCCGUGGUACACUACGUCCAAGCCGAGCUUGAUGCGAUUGAGAAGAAGGCGUUGGCUUACCACCAAAAACACCACCAGUCUUCUUCUUCUUCUUAAUGAGUCCCUGCGCAGGUAUUUACUAAGUAACGCAUCGCUUUAUGUCGUAUUAGCAGCACUAGCCUACACCUAGUCGAGUCUUCUCAAAUUACCUAUAGUGACCUCGGACUUGUAUACAUUAUAGCAUCUUGUACAUAAAUAGAAUAAAGAGUAAACUGUUCUUAA